AUGAAGGAGCAAGAUUCGGAUGAUGAGAAUGUCAAUGAAGCAGUAACACCAAGACUUAUACGUCAUGUAGCCGUUGUAGAAAGAGGAGGAAAGUGGCAGAUUGAUGUGUCAAAUGAAUCCAAUCGGUUAAAUAUCCCUCAUGGUGUACAGGCAUUCCGGGUGAGCAUCGAAGAUAAUAUACUGAUGAAUAACACCAGAAACGUUCUCAGAGUUCUUGAGAAAAGAUUGUUGGAUGUUAACAGGAAUUGUUCAUUUUUGAUACCGAAACUAUGUGGUAGUUAUGAAUUGGAUGGCAGUUAUUACCUCAGUGAUGGAAUCCUGGAGCAGACCGAAAUUGGUACUUAUGUAGAACCAUUUCUGGAAGCACAUACUCAACUCAUAGCAUUGAUAACUUUCAGUCAAAAAGAUCAUGUCCAUUCGCAGGUCGAACAAGUUCUUCAGGAAUUCGUUCUGGACUUUUUAAGUAGGCACACUCGAGCUGUUGGAGAACUUUAUAGUAACAAUAUGUUAAAUUUACGUACUCUUUUGCAUUCAAUUCGUGAUGAACUUCUAACACUUUCUAUUGUUUAUAACAGCUUAUCUGUGAUUAUCACUGCUGGCAUUUGGAAUUAUGGAACUGUCGAUUGCUUUCUAGAUCGUUUUCUAGCAACAAUUCUUUAUGCGGAAUUACGGCCACAUCCUGUGAAACAAGUUAUUGGACGAUUGCAGCAAGCUGUUUUAGCAAUUUUCGAACGGUAUUUUGAUCGUUUAUUCACUACGGGUGAAAUUGAUCCGGUGCUUGAAAACGAAUUCAUUUUUCAGAGUGUGAAAGACAAUGGAUUAAUUCAAACAAGGCGGACGCAUUGCUUAUUUUGGUCUAAACUUCUAAUCAAAUAUGUAGAAAAUGGUGCUUUGAAUGCUCGCCGUUUGCGCAGUGGUAAUUAUGAUUACGAAGCACCUAAUAAAUUUUCGGUUUACUUGAAGAAAGCUCUACGGUUGAAAGAUGAUUGUUGCUUUAUUACCGCGCAAAAAAUUACACGAAGCAUGGAAUAUGCAUGUGAGAGAUGUGCAAAAAAUAACUCUUCUCUUCUUUUUCGUUGUGUUUUAGAAAACGAUGCAUUAUCUCAAGUUUUGAAAGAGAUUGAGUCAGUUUAUACGGGUUUCGCGGUGCGCGAAAUGGCAUUUGAUUUAUUUGGAGCAACGCGUAUCUCUCAACACUGCAGCAUAGUAUUAUCUUUUCAAAAUAGCUUGCAGCUAUCUGGUUUUCCACCUGAAGUUUGCGAAAGAUGGACUGUUUUUUGUGAUAGUGGUCUUCUGGAUGAUCUAGUAAUAAAACCACAGCUUUCCUGGCCAAUGUAUUAUUUGAUAGAGGACAAAUUUCUUUCCACCCUCAAUCUGUGUCUUCGGUUUUUGUUGCGACUAUUACAGGCACAAGAGGCCUUAUCAGCAGUUAGAAUAGAUUUAGCUACGAUGAAGGAACUUAACAUUAGUCGGCAAAGGCUAAAUCACUUAAUAUGUUUUAUUGCACAACCGUUAACGGCAAUAUCAGAAAUUUUUUUCACACAUUUGCAAGCCAUGUUAACAAAAAAAUUUGCAUUGGUAGCGGGAUCGAAAACUCUGGAAGAAGCGCAGCAUAUCCUAAAAGACCUGAAUAUUCAUCUCACCAAUUUAAUAACAAGGAGUGGCUCCCGUGCUUUGAUUCACGAUGCCAUAACAAAGCUGUGCGACCGGGCAACGGAAGUUGAAUUACGCUUGCGAAUGGAUACUGUUAGUUUGCAUAAUGUUGAGGAAAUGUUGAAAGUUGUGAGACGAGAAAAAGAUUUAUUGGUUGGUCUGGGUCGUUCCAUGCAUGGUACCAUAUUUACCUUACUCCAACCACUGCUCACCUAA